UUGCAGCAAAUGUUUUGCAUGCAAAUAAUAUUCAGCAUCACAUCCUUCAUGUUUUAUUCUGAGAAAUCGAAAUGCAACCGCCGACUUUGCUUUGCUUUUUUUCCAACGCAAUUUGCACCGUUGAAUGCAAUUUUGCUGCUAUAGCAAGAGCGAGCGAUCAGUUACACAGAGCGAAGACAAAACAGUCGACGAAAAGAAUUCUGUUGAAUAUCACAUUGUGUGCAUUAAUUGUGAGCCGGACUUAGAGCGGCAGAUCGUUAAUCAUAACUGUACCAGAAACUGCAGUUAAAGUGUUGUGUGACUAUGAUGGACGUGCAAUUCCUGCAAUGUUUACCUGUUUUCUACGUGCCAUCCAUCAUGUUUGGCACUAAUUCAAGAUACGCUUUUUAUGUCCAGAGGCUACUCCUGUUUUCUUCAUAUGGGCGCCAAAUUAUGGAUCGGGCUAUCAAUGUCCAAUCAUUCAAGAAGUUUGUCGAAAACCACUCUAUAACAGUAGCGCAACUAAGAAAAGUACCAAACAUUACUUCAAGACUUAAUAGCGGUCAACCCAUUGACAUCUACACCACAACGCUUCACACCACCGAUGAAGUGAUGUUUCUCUGUGUUUUGUUCAUGGAUUUGUUACUACAUGACUAUACAUAUGAAGAUAUCUACCUAUUGUAUAAGCACUGUACACUGACCGAUCUGAUUGAAAACUACUCGGAAAUUAACAGCAAACGAGAGCGCUUGCUUAGGAAUCUGAAGACGGGUGGAGUUAACUGGGACUCUGAUUCAGGAAAAUUCAAAAUUCUGCAAGAUAUCGGAUAUCACUUGCGCUCUCUGGAAUCUGACGAUUUGUUCAGAGUAUUUACCAAUACACUGCAUAGAUUCGCAAUGCGGUUCGCACUGGAUUAUAUGGGGGGCCUCUGUGGUGUUAUGUACGAGCCAUUUAAUGUAUGGCCUAUCGAUGAUUUGCAAUUGACUUCAUUCUACCGAGAAGUGGUCACGAGACAAUUUCAAUCGUGUCUGCCGAACUUGAGAAGUUUUCACGCACAAUGGCCCGAUGAUUUGUGGAAGGAACUGGAAGCCAAUUUUUGCAAACUGUCAAUGAGCAAAUAUAUCGCGUAUUUCCUAUGAAGUGCAUAUGCAAGCCGAGAUCUUCGAAAUGCCUCCAGCUGUUCUGCAGUUCGCUUAUGAGACCAGAAGUAAAGUGGUCAUUGACACGACACUCUCCAUAUACGGCAUUGAAGAGCCCGAGAUGCACCUGAAUUACUUCCGAACUUUCAUGUUCAUGAAACACUUUCAUAGCCAAUCGCUGGCAGCUGCAACCAAAAAGAAAAGUAAAAAGUCGAUGAAAACACGACUCCUAAGCUUAGAACCUCGUGAAACUUCGACAUUGAUCCCGAAACCCAAAGCAAAACAAUGCAUUGCAAUUAUGGGAAAAGAUCCCCUGCCAAAGCAUCGGGAAGCGACUCACCCUCUCAUUGUUUUAGCUACUGAGGCGUUCGGUUGCGCCAAAUACUCCCAGUUUGCAUCUGCCGCAAUCAGCUACGAGAUAUUGUAUCAAUCGGUAGAUCAUCAACCAACAGGAAGCCAAAAGCUGCUCUCAAAUCAGCUCGUAACUUCCAAGGACGCGAAAUUUGCUCGUCUCUUCUGCCUUUUUAAAUCAUCGUCACCUAUCGGAGAUGUCAUCAAAUACAUAGCGGAACAAAUGUAUGAUUGCAAGGGACUUCUACUGGAGUAUUGCAGAGGGUUCUUAUACAGCAAGAACUUCAUGUUCGACAAAGCGUACAGUGCAAUCAAAGAUAUCAGCGAAGACCUGUUUGCUGAUGUGUGUUUGCCCAGUUGGCCUGGAGAAACAGCUAAGAUUGAUGUUCUGCGCUUCUCAAAAAUCACAUGCGAAGAUACACGGGAUUCUAAAUUGAGCGCCUUGCAACAACUGAAGGAGAGAUGUGUGAAACCCCCUGCUCCUUUGAUUACUUGUGUCUACCCUAAUUGUUCCCUGACUAGAAGGGAAGUGUACCAGGGAGACCCUCUGACGUCACAAUUCGAGAGUGUUUACAGUUUGGAGUGCAGUGACAAGUGUCAACUUGGAUACCAUUGUAAUUGUUGGAAGAAGUUAAAAAUGGGAGUUGAAAAUUCUCUGCCUGGAAAGAACUGCGUAACACCAGACUGCGCAGGUACGAUCAAGUCCAUUUCAAUUAUAGACCCAAAAGAUGGAAAGGUCAAAUCAAAAUUUGAGGCCAAGCCGAAGAUAGAGCCGAACACGCAACAAACCAACUCUCAAUGUAAGAAAAAGAAAAAUAGAAAAGCGAAACACAAAGAGAGCUCAGAUCAGACACAGCCGAAAGAAGAUGUGAAAAAAACUCCUCUACAGCCGAAAGAUUCCAAGCAAGUGAACCAAGAAAAACCUCAAAGUGUGGAAACUAAAUUAGAAUCGACUAAAAACACAACUGAUGCAAAAGCGUUAGAUGCAUCGGCACCCGGUGAUGAUGUAAAGUCACGUGAGGUGAAGAAAGGGUACGAAUUGGAGAUACCAGACCCCCUACCUGCUGACAAGUUGAAAAUUUUACCGCGUGCCGAAUCGAAUAGCAAUCACUCGGGUGACGUCCGACUAGAUCCUUCGGGUGGUGCCAUUCCUAAGCGGAAGAAGAAUCGGAAUUCAGUCUCAAUAUCUGAAUAUCAAAUGUUGGACUUCUCAUCCAAUCCUUUCUCACCUCUUGCCGACGAUUAUUCGCCAAAGUCAACUUCACUCGAAUCUUCCAACGAUUUCGGAUCUACUCGAAUUGAAAACGGUGUAUUAAAACAAGACCCGAAUAACAACAGUGUAUCAUAUUCUGAAGCAGUUUAUGGUCGAAAGAUACCCGGCUUGGAAAAUGUUGUGAAUGCUAAAAAUCAAAAGUCUGCUUCUAGAGCAGUUCCUGCAGCGACUAUGCAAGAUGAUCCAGAUCCUUUUGAGUCUCAGACGAUUGCGCACAAGUUCAUAUUUGACGAAUUCCGGACUCUAUUAUUGCAGAAUGGUCCUCUUAGAGAAGCUGACACACCCUUCGUCGAAAUGUGUGAAACUGUCAAACAGUUUCCAGACUGUGACGAAAUCCUACACGAUUACCAUGAUAGCAUCAUAGAAUUUUUGACAAAUAGUCGUUGCUUUUGGUUCGACCAAUCACAGCGCAGAUUGAUGUUGGCUUCUCAAUUAGAUUGUAAUCAGAAUGUUCUAGAAGCAAACGAAGAGAGCGAUUGGAAAAUUUUUGGGCAGAAAGUACUAUCUUCAAACGAAAAAGGGAAACGAGAAUUAUCAGAUGAACAUGUGUUUGCGCCGAGAGAAAACGUGAUUCCAUUGAGAUUUGAAAUGAAGUCCAAGAAAAAUAAAGGGCCGAACGAUUUCAAAAAAACGCAGCCGACGGACAUUCAACAUCAGGUCAGCCAAAAGAAAGCCAACGAACCUUCUGUGACAAGCAUCCCCAUUCCAACUACGACUGACUGUUUUCCACUGCCUGUCAGCCAGACAUCUAUUUCGUUCGAAUCAAUCAGUAUGUCAUCCGAAACAGCUUCGGUAAUUUCGGAUGGUUGUCAUUCAGAUUUCGACAACAACAGCGUCUCGAAUCGUCCUGUCGCUCAAAGUCGCGGAGUCUUUGAUGUAAUCAGAAGUCGGCGGCUUCAAAAUGACAAAAACUCGGCAGGGAAUUUUGUACAGUCGCGAAGCCGAAGCAGAGCCGGGUCGUCAUUCGGAUUCGGAUCGGAAUAUGAUUCGCCGAGAAGCAUGAACGAAUUUGAAAAUGACUUGAAUAACAAUCGAAACAAAUUCACUCCGUCUGAAGAAAGUUUUCAGUUCGAAAUUGCAACUCCAGUUCCAAAACGAUCUGAAAAUUUCCAGUCUCAUCAAGAAAAUGAACAAAGCAGCUCGUGCCAAGAUGCAUUAGCUUUUCCGGCUAUAUAUCAACAAGCGAAUAUCAUCAGUGACGAAGUUUAUCAAACGUCGAGAAGAAAUCCGAACGUUAUGUUUCAGUCGACUCCUUUUAACAUUCCAAACUAUUCAGACGUUCCUCAAACACCCAAUAUGAACUCAAUGACCGGUCGAUGCGUGAAGAACGAUUUGGAUGUUUUGAUGGCUCAAAUAAAAUUGAAUCAAGAAAAGGAAGAUAGAGAAAGAAUGGAUCUGCUUCAAGCUUUGAAGGGCGAAGACUAUUUAGAAGAUUAGAAAAAAAGUAUCAAAAUUCUGUGCAUCAACAAGAUCAUUUUGAAUGAUUCUGCUUUCAGAAGUAUCAAUAUUGUGCUUUAGUUUGAGUUCAAGUGGGCCUUGGUUUUUAAAAUGUUAGCUUUUGACGAGGUCAAUUAUUUAAAAGAUUUGCGUGAAAAAUUGUA